CCCGGGAGACCACGUGGGUAGCGGAACCUGUUAAGCAGCAGUUCCAAGCCCCGUCGGUGCGAGUUGAUGUGGGUGUCACCCUGUCGGGGGCGCGGCUGGCUUGAGGGUGAGGGCAUUCAUAGUGUCCGUGGUGUUGAACCUUGGUUUAGCCCGUGUAGCAACACUGAACGGUUGUCUCCGCGAAUGGGCCAUUCUCAUGGCGUCUUCCGCGGAGCCAGUUAAUCCUCAGGUUGUGCCCCGACCCCAACCCUCUGAGUCUAAAAUUUGGGGCUAUCUGAAUUUUUAACGAACACCCACACAAUUCCAGGUGAUCGAUAGCACUCAGAGAAUCGCAGUUAUUUUAGAUUCGAUCUCGUCGAAAUUGGAGCAACCUGCUUAAAAAUUCGAACGAUCACAAGGAAUGCUAGCAGCGUGGUUGCCAAUCCUACUGAGAAGAAUGAUCCAGAAUCAGAAGUGUCACGCAAGACCUGACUGGAGCUCAAGUUUUCCUCUGCCAGCAACUUGUUUUAUGACAUUGGUUGCCACAUGGUUAAAAAAAUAUAAUGCGCAUCACAUUCCACAGUAUGAGGUGAACCCACGGACCACAGAGAUUUUAUAUCACCUUUCAGAACGCAACAGGGUCCGGGACAGGGACGUCCACCUGGUAAUAGAGGACUUGAAGCAGAAAGCAAGUGAAUAUGAAUCAGAAGCCAAGCAUCUUCAAGACCUUCUCAUGGAGAGUGUGAAUUUUUCCCCUGCCAAUCUCUCUAGCACUGGUUCCAGAUAUCUGAAUGCUUUGGUUGACAGUGCAGUGGCCCUUGAAACAAAGGAUACCUCACUAACUAGUUUUAUCCCUGCAGUGAAUGAUUUGACCUCUGAUCUUUUUCGUACCAAAUCUAAAAAUGAAGAAAUCAAGCUUGAACUGGGAAAAGUUGAAAAAAAUCUAACUGCAACUUUAGUAUUAGAAAAAUGUCUACGAGAGGAUCUCAAGAAGGCAGAGUUGCAUCUGUCUACAUUGAGGGCCAAAGUUGACCAUCGUCUACAGAACAUGGACUUUCUGAAAGCAAAAUCAGAGGAGUUCAGAUUUCAAAUCAAAGCUGCAGAGGAGCAGCUUUCAGCCAGAGGUAUGGAUGCUUCUCUGUCUCAUCAGUCCCUAGUAGCAUUAUCAGAGAAAUUGGCAGAGUUAAAACGACAGACUAUACCUCUGAAGAGAAAACUAGAGUCCUAUUUAGAUUUAAUGCCGAAUCCAUCUCUUGCUCAAGUGAAAAUUGAAGAAGCAAAGCGAGAAUUAGAUUCCAUUGAAGCUGAACUUACAAAGAAAGUGGAUAUGAUGGAACUGUGACCAAAACCAAAAUAAACAACCUUUUCCCUAACAAAGUAAAUUUAAUAGGACUUUACAGAAUUUGUUUCCCUUUAUCAUUUCUUAAUAAUGUAAUUUCUGUGUUCUUAGUUGAGAUGAUAAUGUCAUUAUUGAUAGAAUAAUGGUUUCCUGUUGUAUAUUGCAUUUUUGUGCCCAAAUAUAAAGUUUUCUUAUUAAAAAACCUUUUCUCUUA